AUGUCGCUUAUGUUUGAAGCAUUCAGAAGAAGAUCAACUACUUAUGGUCUUCUUAAAGAUGCUUAUCUUUGUUUUGAAGAUCCGAAAUCUAGAAAAAAGAUUCCAUACCCCUCGAUAUUUGAUCCUGCCAAGAAGUACAUUUCUUUGAUAAUUCCUGCAAUCAAUGAAGAGCAGAGGCUUCCUAGUGCGCUUGACGGAACUAUGGUUUAUCUUCAACAACGUGCAACAAAUGACAAAGACUUCUCUUACAAGGUGGUGCUAGUGGAUGAUGGCAGUACGGAUGGUACAAUAAUGGUAGCAUCUGACUUCAUAAAGAAUUACUCAAUCGACAAUGUAAGGGUAAUUCUACUUGGGAGAAAUCAGGGUAAGGGGGAAGCUAUCAGAAAGGGAAUGCUUCAUUCACGUGGUGAACUAAUCUUAGUGCUUGAUGCUGAUGGCACAACCAAGGUUAAUGACCUUGAAAAACUUGAAACUCAGAUACGUGCGCAAGCAGAAAGGCAAAAUCAUGAGUUGGAUGCUGAUUCUAGCUCAAGAAUAUCGGAUAUCCCGAUUGCUGCAUUUGGUUCUCGUGCUCAUCUUUAGGAGAAGGCUCUAG